CCCAAGCUGCUUGAAGUUCUCCGAGCGCGCGGGAGCUGCGGGAGAGGGGGAACUGAAAAGCCGCGGAACCAGAGGCGAGGGAGCAGCGCGGGCGGAGGAAGGACGAGAUGGGGAACCGGCAGGCCUAGCUGCGAGGCGGCGGCAGCGGCGUGGAGAUGGAGCCCCUGCGGGUCCUCGAGCUGUACAGCGGCAUUGGGGGCAUGCACCAGGCGCUGAGAGAAAGCUGUAUUCCUGCACAAGUGGUGGCUGCCAUUGACGUAAACACUGUCGCUAAUGAAGUGUACGCGUACAAUUUUCCUCACACUCAGUUACUGGCCAAGACGAUUGAAGGCAUUACACUAGAAGAGUUUGACAAAUUGUCUUUCAAUAUGAUUUUAAUGAGCCCUCCCUGUCAGCCAUUCACCAGAAUUGGCCUGCAAGGUGAUGUGACUGAUCCAAGGACAAAUAGCCUCUUACAUAUUCUAGAUAUUCUCCCAAGAUUACAAAAAUUACCGAAAUACAUUCUUUUAGAAAAUGUUAAAGGUUUUGAAGUAUCUUCUACAAGAGACCUGUUAAUACAAACAAUAGAAAAUUGCGGUUUUCAGUACCAAGAAUUUCUAUUAUCUCCAACCUCUCUCGGCAUUCCAAAUUCAAGGCUACGGUAUUUCCUUAUUGCAAAGCUUCAGUCAGAACCAUUGCCUUUUCAAGCUCCUGGUCAGGUGCUGAAGGAGUUCCCCAAACUUGAAUCUGAACAUCCAGAAAAAAAUACAAUAGUUGCAGAAAAUAAAAUUGAAAGAAAGAAAAUUGAACCAAAUAUUUGCUUUGAUAAUGGCAGACAGUGUUCUGGAAAAGAAGCCAUUCUUUUUAAGCUUGAAACUAUAGAAGAAAUUGACCGGAAACAUCAGCAGGACAGUGAUCUCUCUGUGCAGAUGCUAAAGGAUUUUCUUGAAGAUGACAUUGACAUGAAUCAGUAUUUUUUACCACCAAAGUCACUGUUGCGAUACGCUCUUUUGUUAGACAUUGUUAAGCCCACUUGCAGAAGGUCCACAUGCUUUACCAAAGGUUAUGGAAGCUACAUAGAAGGGACAGGAUCUGUGUUGCAGACCUCCGAGGACGUGCAGAUUGAGAAUGUCUACAAAUCCCUCACCAAUUUGUCACAAGAAGAAAAGAUAACAAAACUAUCAAUGCUUAAACUUCGGUAUUUCACUCCUAAAGAAAUAGCAAAUCUCCUUGGAUUUCCUCCAGACUUCGGAUUUCCCGAGAAGAUAACAGUGAAACAGCGUUAUCGUCUACUUGGAAAUAGUCUCAAUGUGCAUGUAGUAGCUGAACUAAUCAAAAUCCUAUAUGAAUAAUUUAAAAAUAACUCUGAAAGAUGGUCACAUUAUUUAUUCAUAUCCAGAUAGUAAUUCUGAAAUUCUAUUUUGAAUUGAUUUUGAUGAAAUUUAACUAAACUCUUUUUAUCUCUCUUGAAAUUUAACUAAACUCUCUUUAUCUCUCUUUAAAAAGAAAUUUGGAUUUAUCAUAAAAAUGCUGAUUUUUAAAAAAUUUAUAUUACUGUAUUUUGUAAAGCAAAAAUUGCUAUUAUGCUUUACAAGAAUAUAUUUUCAUGUGAAAUUGCUAAACAUACAUGUAAAAUAUUCUCUUUAUAACAUUAUGGUAUAUACAAAUUUAGGAACAUUGGAGUUUGAAUAUCUACAUGAAUAUUUUACAAAGUGUCAUGAUAGACAUAGUAUAGUGAACCUGAGAAAUUAUGUUUUUGUAUGUUGCUUAAACAAAUUGCUUUAUGAAUCCUAUUAUUUUAUUUUAUUUUAUUUUAUUUUAUUUUAUUUUAUUUUAUUUUAUUUUAUUUUAUUGUCAGAUUGAUUAUUCCUGAUUUUAAAAUGAUGCUUCUAAUUCUGGCCUGUUUCAAAUAUUGAAUGUUUACUGAAUUCCAUCCUUUAAACAUUUCUUAAUUAUAGCUAAACAAAUGCAUCUAAUGUUUUAGACCAAAUUAUCAUCAUUCAGUGUUACACAGCCGUCUGAAGAAAGUGUCAGAAAAAAUAAUCCUAAAUUCUUGAUUAUGUCUCCAUCAGGAAGCUACAGAAAAUGUAGGUAAACAUUAUCCAAUUAUCUUUAAUUCUACCUCCAUGUAAAAUGCGAAACUUCAUUGUCCGUUCUUUAUUUAUAAAUAUUUUCUUUUAUUUUGCUGUCAUCAGAGCUUGCUUUUGUCUUCCUUCUUAGCUUCUUGUUGUAAGUUGAAUUUGCAUCACAUUCUAGGGAAUGUAGUGUGGCAUUCAGAUUUUAGGGAGGAAAUUCUGCUCUCCGACCCCAUUUUAUAUGACUGUUCUGUGAAUUAGCUUUUUAAACUUUCUCUUUCUCUCUCAGACUUCUUGGAAUUAUGGUUUCUAAUCAGACUGUUUGUAUUAUAAACCCUGUGGUUUUAUUUCAGUGAUAAAAGCAAGUGACAGAAAGAAGAGAAAUGAAAAGAAAUAAGACCAGAAAUUGUAUCACAAAAUAAAAAAUAUUUUCAUUCUUUUUUUAAAAAA